CUUUCCGCCAUCUUUCCGUGCCGCCAUAAUGGUGCGCAUGAAUGUCCUGGCCGAUGCUCUCAAGAGUAUCAACAAUGCCGAAAAGAGAGGCGAACGCCAGGUUCUUAUUAGGCCGUGCUCCAAAGUCAUCGUCAGGUUUCUCACUGUGAUGAUGAAGCAUGGUUACAUUGGCGAAUUUGAAAUCAUCGAUGAUCACAGGGCUGGGAAAAUUGUUGUGAACCUCACAGGCAGGCUACAUAAGUGUGGAGUGAUCAGCCCCAGGUUUGAUGUGCAACUGAAAGAUCUAGAAAAAUGGCAGAAUAACCUGCUCCCGUCCCGUCAGUUUGGUUUCAUUGUACUGACAACCUCAGCUGGCGUCAUGGACCAUGAAGAAGCAAGACGAAAACACACGGGAGGGAAAAUCCUUGGAUUCUUUUUCUAGGGAUGUAAUACAUACGUGCAAAUAAAAGGCCUCAGAGGACUCUGGUGCUUCCCUCAGUCGUUCUGAACUUUGUACAGCAGAGUAGCAAGAGCGUCUGCGGGAGUGUACAGCCUUUGUGUUAAUUGGUGAAUGCUGUUUCCUUGACGUAGAAGAAAGUUUUGACUUGGGAUAACUUUCGCCGUCACCCUUGUGGCUCACCAGAGGAGGGUGUGUCUGGCCCUGGAUGGUUGACUCUGGGUUGGGGUCCAGGUGGUGAAGCUGUCCCUUUCUGGAGUCUUACAUUAACCCUGGAAGGAGUGGUGCCUUUCCUCUUUUUAGCUUGACAGAAUACACAUUUCAAGCCCUAAAAA